AUGGCACGCCUUGGCCCUGAAGACGAUUUCGUCUUCACAUUGUCCGAUGAGGAGGCCCCCAACACCGACUCCGAUACCGAGCGCGCUAGUAAUAGCAAUGGAAGGGUUUCUGGUAUUAAACGGAGAAGAGACGAACCUGAAAACCCGCAAGUUGAACCAAGCGCACACUCGAAGAAACGGAAGAAGCAUAAGAAAGGGGGAAACAAUGAUACCAAUGGCAAUCAAAUAGGCAAGGCCGCUGCUGAUAACGCAGAAGAAGAAGAGGAUGAAUUCGGUGAAGACGAGAAUGGCGUUUUGAACCCUGAUUUCGAGUUUGAUGUUGGUGGUGUUGCGAAUGGUGGACUAGUGGAAGAUUUCGAUGGAUGGGGAGAUGAAGGGAGAAACAAGACUAAAACAGCAGAAAAGAAGGGCUUUGACAUUGAUGCUAUCCUCGACCGAAGGAGACAGAAGAAACUAGAAAAGGAAGAACGUGAGAGAAAGAAGGCCGAAAAGAGAGCUGCUGAGGAGGAUGAAGACGUGGAGGAUGGUGAACUAGACACAGGGGAAGAUAACGAUAUGCAGGUGGACCUUGAUGACGACGAACUUCUUGCUCCUGAUGCGUUUGGAAUGGGAGCUCAGGGUGCAUCAGAAAGUGAGGAGGAGGAGGAGGAGGAGGAAACUGGGUCUGAAGCAGAUGGAGAAGAAAAUACGGCUCUAGACGGAGAGGAGGACGAUGGUGAUGAUGACGACGAUACCAACUCUGUGGCUUCUGUGGUGCACAUCCAGAUGACCUUGCAUCGGACGAAGAUGCGUCGGGGCAGUGAAAGCGAAGACGAUGAGGAAAUCCGCAAACAAAACGAGUUCUUUGCUCCCGAGGAACAAGUGGCCGAACCAAAGUCCGCUUCUGGAGCGCCUGCUUCUUUCCAGAACCUUUCUCUGUCCCGUCCCAUCCUCCGAGGCCUCGCAUCGGUAGGGUUCUCGGCACCCACGCCCAUUCAGAAAAAAACGAUACCCGUUGCCCUACUUGGUAAAGAUGUGGUUGGCGGCGCAGUGACCGGUUCAGGUAAAACUGGCGCCUUUAUCGUUCCUAUACUCGAACGUUUACUCUACCGACCGAGAAAGGUCCCGACGAGUCGAGUUGCUAUUCUGAUGCCUACUCGAGAAUUGGCUGUGCAGUGUUAUAACGUUGCAACGAAGCUGGCUACAUUCACUGAUAUCACGUUCUGUCAGCUGGUGGGUGGUUUCAGUCUGCGAGAACAGGAGAAUAUUCUGAAGAAGCGCCCUGAUGUUAUCAUUGCUACACCUGGUCGAUUUAUUGACCAUAUGAGGAAUUCAGCAAGUUUCACCGUAGAUACAUUGGAAAUAUUGGUCCUUGACGAGGCUGAUCGAAUGCUUGAAGAUGGGUUUGCUGAGGAGCUGAACGAAAUCUUGACCACGAUACCAAAGUCUAGGCAGACUAUGUUAUUCUCUGCCACCAUGACUAACUCCGUCGAUAAACUUAUUCGUGUUGGCCUUAACAAGCCUGUUCGAUUGAUGGUUGACUCAAAGAAGCAGACCGUGGGUACUCUCGUUCAGGAGUUCGUCAGACUGCGGCCUGGAAGAGAGGAUAAACGGCUGGGUUACCUCAUGUUCUUGUGCAAAACUGUUUAUACCAACAGGGUCAUUGUAUUCUUCCGGCAAAAGAAAGAAGCUCACAGGGUUCGAAUCAUUUUUGGGCUUAUGGGCUUGAAGGCCGCUGAACUUCAUGGAAGCAUGAGCCAGGAGCAGAGAAUUAAAAGUGUGGAGGACUUUAGAGAUGCGAAAGUAUCAUACCUCCUAGCCACAGACCUUGCAUCUCGAGGUCUUGAUAUCAAGGGCGUUGAGACUGUCAUCAACUACGAAGCACCGCAAUCACACGAAAUCUACCUACACAGAGUCGGACGUACAGCUCGUGCUGGACGGAGUGGCCGGGCGUGCACUAUCGCCGCAGAACCAGACAGAAAGGUGGUCAAAGAGGCCGUUAAAGCUGGGCGUGCACAAGGCGCGAAAAUCGUGAGCCGAGUGAUAGAGCCAGCUGUGGCUGACAAAUGGGCAGAACAAGUCAACGACCUAGCAACGGAAGUCGAAGAAGUUCUUCAGGAAGAAAAGGAGGAAAAGCAGUUGGCACAGGCCGAGAUGCAGGUCACUCGCGGAAAGAACCUGAUCGACCACCAGGAGGAGAUCAUGUCCAGGCCCAAGCGCACGUGGUUUGAGUCGGAGAAGGACAAGCGAGAGUCCAAAAAGCGAGGAUUGAUAGAGCUCAACGGACCAGACUCCAUAAAGAAAGGCAAGAAGAAGCUCAGCGGCAAGGAUAAGAAGAAGCUGGACGAUACACGGAUGCGAGAAGAGGGCCGUGUAUGGAAAAAGGGCAAGGCUGAACGAGAAGCUAAGCCCGGCAGCCAAAGUAAGGGUAAGAAGAAGAGUGGCAAAGCAGGGAAGAAGCGCUAG